GAUGAUUUAAGGCCGAAGACGAACUAACCCUACAAAACCCUACACUUCACCGUGUCUGCCCCUGGCCUUCUUAGACUCCGCAGGGAAACCCUGAUACCAGUGCUGCCGGCAGUUCCAUCUUCUUCAGCACUCAUAGAGAUGGCCGAAGCACAAACAAAGGAAGGGCCUUUUGUUCCGGAGUCAGUUUUGAAGAAGCAGAAGAGGAACGAGGAAUGGGCUCUUAAGAAGAAGGAAGAGCUCGCAGUUGUGAAGAAGAAGAACGCUGUGAACAGGAAGCUGAGCUAUAACAGAGCCAAGCUAUAUGCAAAGGGGUAUGAGGAGCAGCAAAAGGAGCUAGUUCGGUUGAAGCGUGAAGCAAGAAUGAAAGGGGGCUUCUAUGUUGAUCCUGAAGCUAAGCUUUUGUUCAUAAUUCGUAUUAGAGGUAUAAACGCCAUGCACCCAAAGACAAGGAAGAUAUUGCAGCUCUUGCGUCUGAGGCAGAUUUUCAAUGGUGUAUUCCUUAAAGUAAACAAAGCUACCAUGAACAUGCUGCAUAGGGUUGAACCUUACGUGACCUAUGGUUACCCUAAUUUGAAGAGUGUGAGGGAAUUGAUUUACAAAAGGGGUUUUGGCAAGCUAAACAAACAGCGGAUUGCCUUGACUGACAAUUCAAUCAUUGAGCAGGGUUUGAGAAACCAUGGAAUUAUAUGCAUUGAAGAUCUUAUCCAUGAGAUCAUGACAGUUGGGCCUCACUUUAAGGAGGCUAACAACUUCCUUUGGCCUUUCAAACUGAAGGCACCUUUGGGUGGUCUAAAAAAGAAAAGAAACCACUAUAUUGAAGGAGGAGACGCAGGGAAUCGUGAAGACUACAUCAAUGAGCUCAUUAGGAGGAUGAACUAGAUCUUUUUGCUUUGUGCGGUCUCAAGUGGGCGUGCUUGGGCAGUAACAGUAAGAUUGCCGAAAGUCGCAGGUUUAAAUUGGGAAAACAUUCUGUUUUAUAGAGCAAGAGUAAGGUUGCAAAUAAAGCUGGUCUUCUUAUCAACCGUUACAUAACAGGAAGUCUCGUGCGUUGUAUCAGGACCAUUCUGGAUAAAAAUGUUCAUCUUUUCAACGGUCAUAGAACAGGACAUCUUGUGCAUUAUGGCAGGACCACUCUAGGCUUUAGUAGUCUUGUUUCUGCACCUUGAUGGUAUUAUGCUUGGAAUCGGCAAGGUGCAGCUAUUUGGAGGACUUUUACCCAGCCUUUGUUGAGCUGCUGGGUUCUGGGUUAUUUUUAGGACCCAGGGGCGUGUUAAUGAGAACAUACUGCGAGUCUGCUGACCUAUCGUAACUCGUUGUGUUACCAUGAUUAAGACUUGAUAUGGGAAUGUGAUCGUGGCUGGAUUAAGUCUUUGACGGCAUGGAGGAUGCAUGCCAUUAACCCAAUUUUCAGGCAAAUUAAUCUGGUUGGGGUAGUGAACUAGUUAGUGACUUGCACUGUUACCACUACAAAUGUUGCCCAUUUUCAGCCAGUUAGUUGCCUGCGCUCCACGUGGUCCUUCGAAUGUAGAGAAGCAAUUGAUAGCUUAGCUAUCAUCUUGAGAAGUGAAUGGCCAAAUACAUUUUUAGUCCCC